AUGACUAUUCGCAAGAUCGACAGCGAGGACUCGCGGCUCUUUCAGCCCCUGGUCAUCGCUAAUGGCAAGCUCACCCUCGCGCACCGUAUCGUACAUGCUCCCAUGACGCGCAAUCGGGGAGUUCCGAUGAAUCCCACCAGCACUCCGGAGCAGCCCAACCGCAUCUGGUACCCCGGAGAUCUGAUGGUCCAGUACUACCAGCAGCGCGCGACUCCCGGCGGCCUUAUCAUUUCCGAGGGUGUUCCUCCUUCACUAGAGAGCAAUGGUAUGCCCGGUGUCCCCGGUCUGUGGCUCCCCGAACAGGCCGCAGGAUGGAAGCGGGUCGUCGACGCCGUCCAUGAGAAAGGCGGCUACAUCUACUGUCAACUCUGGCACGCGGGCCGGGCCACUAUCCCCCAGAUGACGGGCUCCCCUGCUGUCUCCGCGUCGGCCACCGUCUGGGACUCGCCCACCGAAUGCUAUUCCCACCCCCCCGUGGGGUCCACCGACCCCGUCCGGUAUGCAGACCAUCCGCCCAUCGAGCUGACCAUCCCGCACUUGAAGCAGACCAUCCGUGACUACUGCCAGGCCGCGCAGACGGCCAUGGAGAUCGGCUUCGAUGGGGUGGAGCUGCACGCUGGCAACGGGUAUCUGCCCGAGCAGUUCCUGAGUUCGAACGUCAACAAGCGCACCGAUGAGUACGGUGGCUCCCUCGAGAAGCGGUGUCAGUUCGUCCUCGAGCUCAUGGAUGAGCUGGCGAAGACAGUGGGCCAGGAGAACCUCUCAAUCCGUCUGUCACCUUUUGGACUGUUCAACCAGGCACGCGGCGAGCAGCGUUUGGAAACCUGGACGUUUCUGUGCCAGUCGUUGAAGGAGGCGCAUCCGAAUCUGUCAUAUGUCAGCUUCAUCGAGCCACGCUAUGAGCAAAUCUUCAGCUACGAGGAGAAGGACACCUUCCUCCGCAGCUGGGGUCUCCUCGACGUCGACCUGAGCAGCUUCCGCAAGAUCUUCGGCUCGACCCCCUUCUUCUCGGCCGGCGGCUGGCACCAGAGCAACUCCUGGGGUGUGCUGGAGGAGGGCCGCUACGAUGCGCUGCUGUUUGGUCGCUACUUCACCAGCAACCCGGACCUUGUUGAGCGCUUGAAGAAGCAGAUCCCCUUCACGCCGUAUGAGCGUUCGCGGUUCUACGGGCCGUUCGAGGAUAAUGCCAAGUGCUAUGUGGACUAUCCACCAGCCAGUCUGCUAAAUGAUGAGCAUGCAAAGAUGUAA